CGGCAGCAGCUGCGCACUCCGAGCGCCCGGGGCAGCGCCGGUCCGGUCGCUGCGGUGGCCCGCGGGGUGGGCGUCCGCUACUGCGCAGGCGUCCCAGGAAGCGCUCCGCAGAGCGGCGCUCCGCCCGCGUCCGCCGAGCCCGCAAGUACCCCGGAGAGCGCGGUUCCGCUGGCGCCGAGUUCCGCGCGUGCCGGACAGAAGCGGCGGUGGAGGCGGGGCCCUACCUGCUGUGUCCAACGUGUUCAAUAUGAAGUUGUUAGUAAUUCUUUUGUUUUGGAGACUUGUCACUGGCUAUAGAGGUAACUCUUCCUAUAGCUCAGCACCUCAGUUACUCCUGGUAUCCUUUGAUGGCUUCCGAGCUGACUACCUGAAGAACUAUGACCUUCCUCACCUCCAGAACUUUAUCAAAGAAGGUGUCUUGGUGGAACAUGUUAAAAAUGUUUUCAUCACAAAAACAUUUCCAAACCACUACAGCAUUGUGACAGGCUUAUAUGAGGAAAGCCAUGGCAUUGUGGCCAACUCCAUGUAUGAUGACGUCACAAAGAAACAUUUUUCUGAAUCCAAUGAUAGGGAUCCAUUUUGGUGGAAUGGAGCAGAGCCUAUUUGGGUGACCAAUCAGCUUCAGGAAAACAGAUCAAGUGCUGCUGCUAUGUGGCCUGGCACUGAUGUUCCCAUUCACAAUAUCACACCUUCCUAUUUUAUGAAUUACAGCAGCUCAGUGUCCUUCAAGGAGAGACUAAAUAACGUUACCACAUGGCUUAGCAGUUCCAACCCACCAGUCACCUUUGCAACGCUCUAUUGGGAAGAACCAGAUGUAAGCGGCCACAAAUACGGGCCUGAAGAUAAAGAAAACAUGCGUCGGGUAUUGAAAGAAGUAGAUGAUCUUAUUGGUGAUAUUGUCCUAAAGCUCAAGGUGUUAGGACUAUGGGAAAGCCUUAAUGUGAUCAUUACAAGUGAUCAUGGGAUGGCUCAGUGUUCUGAGAAGAGACUGAUAUAUUUGGAUUCCUGCAUCGACCAUUCAAACUAUACUGUUAUAGACUUAACCCCUGUGGCUGCGAUUCUUCCCAAAAUAAAUGUAACAGAGGUUUAUGAGAAACUGAAACACUGUAACCCUCACAUGAAUGUUUAUCUCAAAGAAGCUAUUCCGAACAGAUUUUACUACCAACACAGCAAUCGAAUUCAGCCCAUCAUUUUGGUUGCUGAGGAAGGCUGGACAAUUGCACUUAACACGUCAUCAUUAAAAUUAGGUGACCACGGCUAUGACAAUUCCCUGCCUAGCAUGCAUCCCUUUCUUGCUGCCCAUGGACCUGCCUUUAGGAAAGGUUACAGGCAGAGCACCAUCAACACUGUGGAUAUUUAUCCAAUGAUGUGCCACAUCCUGGGACUACAACCACAUCCCAACAACGGAACCUUCAGUCACACCAAGUGCUUAUUAGUGGACCAGUGGUGCAUUAAUCUCCCAGAAGCCAUCGGGAUCGUUGUUAGUGCACUGUUGGUAUUAACCAUGCUAACAGGCCUCAUAAUAUUCAUGCAGAACAGAGCGUCUGCAGCCCGCCCAUUCUCCCGCCUUCAGCUGCAGGACGAUGAUGAUGACCCUUUAAUUGAGUAAUUCACCAUGUCUUAUUGACUUCAAAACUAAGGGUCCGUGUAAGGAGUGGGGUUACAGCCAUAAAAAGGUAAAGUUCAAAAGAUAAGACACAGAUGUGUGUGUGUGUGUGUGUGUGUGUGUGUGUGUGUGUUGGUGUGUUGCUUGAUGCAAAUAACCCUGAUGGUAUUAGAGCCGCUGGUAAGUCCGUUCAAACCACCUGUUUCCCUGGCAAGACUAGCCUUUGAGAAAAAGCUGUGGGCCGUCCUUCUUUCCUUCCUUCUUUUCUUCCUUCCUUCUUUCUUACUUUUCAAUGAAAAAUAAGUGAAAGAUAUACCAGAAUUUAAUAGGCAUGCUUUUCUAACAAGUUUGUAUAUUUGUAAAUGACACCAAACUAUUUAUGUAAUUGUGCAUUUUGUGUAUCCUGGAGAAAAAAGUUGCAUAUAUUUUUAUAUUUGUCUUUAGUUAGUGUAUGUCCCAGAAAAACCCUUGAAGUAGGAAAUUCUGUGAUAGUUAAUAAAACUGAUUAGCCACAUAGCAAAACAGUAGCAUACAAAGAAACUGUUUUACAUAAAGCUGCUAAAAACAAACAAAACCCAAGGAAGACAACGUAAUAUAAAGUCUGAGCUUGGUAAACCCAUAAGCGUUGAUGCCUCAGCAGCUGAGUCUGAGGCUGGGUAUGGUGGUGUGCAUCUGUGGGAAGGAUGAGGCAAGAGAGAGCCUUGAGAUGGAGUCCAGCUUGGGUUACCUAGCAACACCUUGCAGGUUUGUUUGUUCACUUGUUUGUUUUAGUUACAUUUUUGGAUACUAUUGUUAAUAAGGAGUUUCAAAGAAAAUAGAGAAAAAGUGAUGUUCUCUAUUUGUGUGUAAGGUCUCUGGGUAAGUUGUGUGUGCCACUGUGCUUGUAGGAGUGAGUGUGCAGAUGUCAUGUGACACGUAAAGGGGGCUGGACUCUGGCUGUGCCAGAACACAGCUGUCAGGAAAGGUUCAGCUCAAGGAAAGGCUACUCCUUGCAGACCUUACAUGUAUACUUUCACCAACUCACAACUUAAUAUCACAAUUAAAAUAUGUCUUUUUUGUCAUAAUUUUCAAUUCUCAUGUUUAUUGGAAGUGUUCAAAUGUUGUAGGAAAAAAAUACGACCUGAGUAUAAAGCUGCAAGGUCAGGAUUUUUGUAUUGACCAUCGUGGCUCUUGAAUGUGCCUUCUAUGCAGUUGAGUGGUAAGAUAUGUAAGAUGGAGUUCAGUGUCUCCUGCCCCAGCAGCAGCCGUGUGCUAAGGGCAGAGCGCCUCCAGCCUGCACCACUUGCUUCAUCGCCUGGCUCAUCAGAACCCCGAGAACCAAAGAGUUUUUGUGAAGCACUGUCGUCAUUCAUUCCCUCCAUAGCUGGGGCCUCAGAACCAGAGCUAUUAGAACAGCCUAUAGGAUGUCCAUUAAGACAACAGACCACAGCUUCCUGUUACUGGUGUGAUCUUCAGUGUUUUGACAAUGUAAAACAAACGUGAUUAUUGCUCUUCAGACACAAGAUGGAUCUACAGUAAGUAUGCACUGCAGUUAGACCCUGAUGAUCCGUGAUGACCGACGACACCUGCCAGGCAUCUUAGAUUUAUUGUGCUGUAUUGGCUCUCUGAAUUUCCUUAAAGUUUGAUGUCUGGUGCCUCAUUGUAUUGGGGUUUUGAGAGGCAUUUCUAUACUGCAUACAUAAUCUAUGCAAUUGGUCACAGAAUGGCUGUAUUAAGAACAGGAUAGGACUGAUUUUGUUCAUAAAUGUCCUGAUUUAUUUUGUUAUGUGUAAUAGAGAUACUAAGGGGUGAAGAGUUGAUCCAGUAAAAUAAUAGAGAAAUCCCUGCUUAUUUCAGUUUCCAUUCCAGAAAAUAACAAAUAAACUGCCAUAUUCACUUUGGAAAAAAAAUGAGUGGGCAUUUUUGAACUGUCUCCCAGCAGAGUUGACGAUACCUUAGUUCCCACAGUGGUGUGGAUCCCCUUACCUCAACUGAACCUUAUACUUGCUGUCCACCUAAAAAGGAUGAAAUAGGAAGGAAUGUCUGUCAGUGUCUUAUCCCUUGCAGCACAUGUUAUUUAUUUUGUAUUUUAUUCUGUUCUCAGAAUACUAAAACAAAGUAAAAUUUUAUAAAGUACUUAUUGAGGAAAUAAGAAUAGUAUUUAUUUAAUCGAGUAGAUUAUUAGAUUGAACUUUCUGCUAAUUCAUUUGUAUCUGUGAAAAAAAAUAUCACUGUUAAAGCCCAUAGCUGCAGUUUUGCUCUGAGAAAACGUUGUUAGUAAACGUAGUCCUGGGAAUGGAGGCUUGGUGCGUGUGUCGUAAAGCAUUAGCUAAGCCUGCCCUGCUUUCUGUUCAGGAGAAAAGUAUUUGGCUUCAGGAACUAUUUAGCUCUAGGUGAUAGGACCCAAAGAUAAUAGGAGAGUGCUUGUGUAUUUUUUUGGUAAUUGUACUAGUCAGCUCAGAACUGAGUAUCUGACUCUCUAGUAGAGGGCCAGUUGUGUUCCUGUUAGCCACCUGUCAUGCAUGCUCUUCUGAAAAGCAGUGGGGUACGGCAAAGGCUCGUGGGCAGCGCUUCCCAGAAGGCUUCCUUUAAAAACCCACAGGUGAAGCCUUUAAAGGAUCGACUGCCUUUGCACUGAUCUUGGAUGUAUCCCUCUCUGUCCACCUGGUAAGCUUGAAGGAUGGUUGGCUUUAAUUCCUUUUAUGAAGAGUGGUUCACUUCAUUUUUAUUUAUAACAUUGCAAAUGAAGGACAAAGAUUAGGUAUAAAGUAUGUAUUUAUGGUCAGGUCUGAAACAGCAUGUAAAUGCAGUGAGUGUGCUGUAAGGACGUUUGCAGUGCCUAAGUUAAAGGGAAUACCUUGUUUCAACUUGUAGCUAAUGACUUUGCUUAUGAUUAAAAUGUAUGUAAAUAAAGUCUACCCAAACAAAUA